AAAUCACUUGCUUCUCAAUAAUAAUUUAGAAAAUAAAAUCAUACUCAACUCUGAGCAAAGUUUUACAAAUUACAAGUUAUGCAUGGUACUGUUUACUACAAACUCUGAAUCUUAAUUCCCCAGAAAAAUUAUUUUCGUGUAGAAAUUUAACAGAAGUGGAAUGGAUUCAUCAUCAAUAGCAGCAGAGAAGCAGGCUCAUGUAGUUUGCAUACCUUACCCUGCUCAAAGCCACAUCAAGGCCAUGCUGAAAAUGGCGAAACUCCUUCAUAAUGAGAGAAUUUUGAUUACAUUUGUGAAUACAGAAUUCAAUCACAAAAGAUUUCUUAAAUCAAGAGGCCUAGUGUCUCCUGAUGGGCUGCCAGGUUUCAGAUUCGAAACCAUCCCGGAUGGCCUCCCUCCAUCUCAUGCUGAUGCCACACAGGACAUAGCUGCACUUAAUCGCUCUGUCAAAGAGAACAACAUGUUGGCUCCAUUUCAGAGCCUACUCGAAAAGCUCAAUGAGGGAACCCAUCAGGUCACUUCCAUCCUCUCUGACGGCUUCAUGUCAUUCACAGCUGAUGUUUCACAUUCACUCGGAAUACCUAUUGUUUUGCUUUGGACAAUUGCUGCUUGCGGACUUAUGGGAUUUUAUCAGUUCGGAAAUGUGCUUGAAAGUGGUCUUAUACCAUUUAAAGAUGAGAGUUCUCUUACAAAAGGGUUGGACACUAUAAUUGACUGGAUCCCAGGAAUGCCAAAUAUUCGUUUGAGGGAUCUUCCUAGCCAUGUCAGAAUCACAGAUUCAAACGAUUUUGUAUUUAACUUUAUUAAGGAAUGUACUCAGAAAGCAACAAAUGCCCCGGCACAUAUAGUUCAUACCUUCGAUGAUUUGGAACAAGAACUUGUAAAUGCCAUCUCAUCUUUGUUUAGGAAUGUAUUGACAAUAGGCCCUCAACAGAUGCUGCUCAACCAAAUGCCACUAGAUCAGGAUGAUCGUCUCAAAAGCAUUGGAUAUAGUCUUUGGGAAGAGGAAAAAUCAUGUCUUGAGUGGCUGGACUCGAAAGAAGCUGAGUCUGUAGUUUAUGUGAACUUUGGAAGCAUAACAGUCAUGUCUGAAGAGCAGCUUAUAGAGUUUGGUUGGGGACUUGCUAAUAGCAAAUGCAACUUUUUAUGGAUUAUUAGGCCUGAUUUGAUUGUAGGUGAAUCUGCAGUUAACUUGGGAGUUCAAUUUAUUGAAGCCAUCAAGGACAGGGGUCUAAUUUCAAGCUGGUGUCCACAAGAGGAUGUCCUCAACCACGUAUCAGUGGGAGGAUUCUUGACUCAUGGAGGGUGGAACUCAAUCAUAGAGAGCAUAUCAGCUGGAGUGCCGAUGCUCUGUUGGCCUUUCUUUGGAGAUCAACCAAUAAACUGUAAGUACUUGUGUGACCAAUGGGAGUGCGGAUUGGAGAUUCCUAAUAAUGUGCAGAGAAACGAUGUAGAGAUGCUUGUUAGACAGUUGAUGGAUGGAGUCGAGGGUAAGAAAAUGAGAAACAAGGCUAUGGAGUGGAAGAAAUUGGCAGAAAAAUCAUGUCAUCCUAAUGGCUCAUCUUUCCUCAAUUUUAAAAAACUGCUUCUUCUUUUAAAGAACAAGAAUAUGUAAAAUUUAUUUUCAAAUUGUCAGCUUGCCUCCUAGUUAGAGCAGGAUUCUACAUCUUUUUUCAUCGAAUGCUUAGAGCAUCUCCACGGGGUGGGUUGAUUAUAAUGGUCAGCUAAAUUGAGCAUGUAAGAUAUUAUAUAAAAUUUGUUGAGCCUGUA